GUAUCUGAACGACGACAUCAAUACACAAAGAACGAGACUACCACCGUGUUUGGUAGGGAGUUUUACCGAGCGUCAGUCCAGAAGAAGAAGUUUCCAGAAAAGGCUACUAAAAUGUUGCGGUCGGUGUUGUUGGUGUUCGCGGUGUUAUUCGCCACAGUGACAGCUGAGUACUGUCAGAAGUACGGCUUCUCCUGCCCGCGGAAGAACAGAGGGUUCUUCCUGAACGAUGAUGAUGAUGAGAUCUACUGUUGUAAAGACAAGACGGGCUGUUGUGACAGCUGUUGGGACGCCGUGGACACCACUAAUUGUGCAAACAUCAUAAGUACUGCAUUAGGAAUUGGCACUGCAGUGAUUGUGGGUAUCGUGGUGGCUGUUCUAGCGGUGAUCACCAUUGCUGUGGUACUGUGUGUGUGCUGCUGCUGUCAAUGUGCUAAACAGGGACGGAACCAGGGACAUGUCUACCAGCCACAACCUCAGGGUCAGCAGAUGGUUGUAAUGACACAGCAGGGGCAGUAUCCCUCCGUCCCUGCCGCACCACCGUACUCACCACCUGACGCAAGCCAGUACCCCCCUCCAGCAGGGCAGUACCCCCCUCCAGCUGGCCAGUACCCCCCUCCAGCGGGCCAGUAUCCCCCUCCAGCUGGUCAGUACCCCCCUUCAGCGGGCCUGCACCCCCCUCCAGCUGGUCAGUACCCCCCUCCAGCAGCCUACCCACCAGCGCCCCCACCAUACUCCCAGGAAACCCCGUACCCACAGAAGAUGUAGCACGAACGAACGAGAGACUGUGUCCAAUAUUCUAUAAUGAAUACCAUGUACAUACAGAUUACGAUAAAUUGUACCUGUUACAAUUGUCGCCCAAUAAAGUUCUUCCGAGUUCCAGCUGGCAGCCAUGUAUUUCAAACCAUAUUCCCUUCCCAGAAAAACUUAGCAUUUCUCCCGACACCGUGAGUAAAACUUACGUUAUGUUUAGCUAGGCUACCAGCAACAACAAAGCGUUAAAUGAUACUCAAUAUGGUAUAGUUUCUGUUUCUCACAAAAUCAAGUCGUUUCUUAUAUUAUUAGCUUCAUGAAAAUGACUAUGACUAUAAUGUUUAGGGCAUGUUAACAUUUACAGUAUGUAUACCAAUGCGCACAUAAUGGCAUUGUAAAACUGUCAUGGGGCAAAAUGUUCUUGUUUACUGGACAAGCAGUAAAGAUCCUAUGUCAGCGACGCAGAGACAAUUUUUAAUAUCCUCUUCAAUGUGACAAAAUGAAACAAUAUUAUUACUUUUAUAAAUGAUAAAAUGCACUUGUUUUAAUUGCUGUUGUACAAUCGUAUUGUUUGUCACAUAUUGGAGGAGUUUUUCUAUAUGAUUUAGCUUUCUUGGUUGAAAUACCAAUGCGUCUUCUAACCGCUAAAUGAUGCAAUAAAAAGACUUAAAAUGUUAAGCCAA